GCAAGCUGCAGUCAACACACACAGGUUAAAAUGAUGAGCUUUGCUGGGAUUUGUGGACUCAUCUUUAUUUCUUUGUUGAGCUGCUCAGUGCAGCAUCCUGGAGCCUCUCAAGGAACAGACUGCUCCUGGAUAAAGCGUUCAUCGCCUGAAGCAUCAAGUGGUGUUUAUAUAAUAAAACCUGUGGCAAACAAGAAACGUGUCAAGGUGUACUGUGAGAUGUUGCCUGAUGGAGGCUGGACAGUCUUUCAGCAGCGCAGUGGAAGUAAGGUUUCCUUCAACAAGAAGUGGAGAUACUACAAAAAUGGUUUUGGAGAUCUGGCACAGGAUCACUGGCUUGGUCUGAAGUCAGUCUAUCAUAUGACCAAAAACAAGACUAGGAAGUGGACCUUGAGGGUGGACCUCUGGGACCAUGAAGGCGGCACAGCUUAUGCCGAGUACAGUGAUUUCCGACUCAGCAAUGCGAAAAAUAAUUUCAAACUUCAUGUUGGAAAUUACACAGGAAAUGCAGGUGACGCCAUCCGUGGUUCCUAUGCGGGCAUUGACCAGAACAGCUUCGGCUUUAGCACCGUUGGCCGUGACAACGACGGCUGUGACCCCUGCAUCUUUGGAGACAUAGCUGUAAAUGAAUGUGUCUUUUCAGAGGGAGGCGGUUGGUGGUUCAGCCGCUGUGGUUCUGCCAAUCUGAACGGAGAAUGGCAUCCUACUGGAAACCACAUUGGUUGGGCCUCAGGGCUCCACUGGAGAACCUGGAAAGGACCAGCUCCUUACUCGGCCAAGUCCACCAGAAUGAUGAUCAAGUCUGAGUGAAA